AUGUCUACUGCCAAAGAACGUCUUGUUCUUCUGGUCCCUUCUACCAUCGUCGAGACUCUCCUCAUCAUGACCAUUGGUAUAACCAUGGAGCGACCAGCGACAAUUUUUGCUUAUACAUUAUCGGUCAAUUUUGUCUUAAUGUUUAUAUGGAAUGUCUUUAUAUGGCCAUUCUUCCUAAACCCACUGAGGCACUUGCCAACUGUACAUGGUCCUCUGAUUGGUGCGAAGGUGUUUCUGCGCCAUCCUCGUGGCAAGAUUGCUGUCGAUUGGCUACGAACUAUACCAAACGAAGGCCUAAUUCACUUUCGCGAGGCCCUGAACUUUAGCUUUUUGGUCGCCACCAACCACCGAGCAUUGAUGGAUGUCUUGCAUACAAACAGUUAUGACUUCGUAAAGCCUCCAGGUGGCCGGGCAUUCCUUGCCCGUGGCUUAGGGUAUGGGCUCAUUCUCUCUGAAGGAGAUAUGCAUCGGGCGCAGCGCAAGGCCGUCACCCCAGCUUUCACAAUCAAGAAUAUCCGCAGCAUGUAUCCCUUGAUGUGGAGCAAGACCCAACUGUUUCUUUCUCAGUUGGAGAAUGCAAUCAGACUUGACCCUGCGCCCGGAGAAAAGUCAGGACAGGCUGGAUUUGUUGAAAUUGGUGGAUGGGCAAAUCGCUUGACUUUAGAUAUAAUUGGCCCUGCGGCCAUCGGACGAGACUUUCAGUCACUUGAAAACGAAAAUGACCCUAUAUCACAAAACUUUACAGCAAUUCUGAAGCCAUCUGCUGAUUUACUGUUCUUGUUUGCGGUGUCUAUCAUAUUGCCUCAGUGGCUUGUGAAAAGCAUCCCCUGCAAAGCAAAUAUUGUGCUCCCGCGCAAGGUAGGCUAUUUGCGAACGGUAUUUCAUGACAUUCUUCAAGAAAAGAGAAAACAGCUUGCUUUGGAGAAAAACAAGGAUAAGAAUAUCGAAGGUGAUAUUUUGGGUACAAUGAUGAGAGGUGGAGAGUUCACCGAUAACGAGCUGGUGGAUCAAAUGCUCACAAUUCUGGCAGCUGGGCAUGAGACGACGGCCGGUGCUCUCACAUGGUGCUGUUACCACCUCAGUAUCGAACCGCACAUCCAAGACCAUCUCCGACAGGAAAUCCGCGAUACGAUUCCUUCUCCGGAUGCUUCCGUUUCAUGGCAGGAUCUAGAGGGAAUGCCCUAUCUCAACGGCGUAUGCCAAGAAGUUCUACGACUCUACCCCACGGUCCCCAUGACUGGCCGCGAAGCGAUUCGAGAGACUACAAUCGCGGGCAAGAAAAUACCGAAGGGCACGACCGCCGUCAACCGCAGCUACGAAUUCUGGGGCGAGAACGCAGACCAGUUCCUUCCGGAGCGAUGGAUCGACACUGACUCCGAGACAGGAAAAAAGUCUCCGAACAAGCACGGUGGUGCAUCGACGAAUUUCGCUCAGAUUACGUUUCUCCAUGGGCCACGCGCGUGCAUCGGCAAAGAUUUUGCAAAGGCAGAAUUUCGAUGUGCGGUCGCGGGUCUUUUUGGAAACUUUCAACUCCAAUUGAAAGAGGCCGAGCAGAAGAUUACAUAUGGGGGAACUCUGACGAGUCAGCCUAUUGAGGGUAUGCAUUUGAAGUUGACCAAAUUGGAAGGCUGGGAGUAG